CAGGGCAUAAAUACAGGUGAGCCGCUCACCUGGCCAGGUAGGCGGCCAGAAAGAGGAUUGUAGCUGGCGGGACGCAGCGCUGUCUCUAGGGACCCCCGUCUUUGUUCUGUUCGGGUGGCGCCCCCUCCGGAUUCCACGCGUGUUUGUUGUGGUCGCGCGUUCCGCCGUCCCCACUAGAUUUCGGGGUGCUUUGAUUGGCUCGCGCCUCUCCAGAUCCACGAGUGUCUGGGAUCCGCGCGUGUUUUUCGUUUCGCGUGGGCGGCGGCCAUGGCCAACUCCGGGCUGCAGCUGCUGGGUUUCGUGCUGGCCGUACUGGGCUGGGUGGCGCUGGUGGCGGCCACCAUCCUGCCCCAGUGGCGCAUGUCCUCGUACGCGGGGGACAACAUCAUCACGGCCGUGGCCAUGUACCAGGGGCUGUGGAUGUCUUGCGCCUGGCAGAGUACGGGACAGAUCCAGUGCAAAGCGUACGACUCCAUCCUGAACCUCAACUCUGCUCUCCAGGCCACACGGGCGCUCAUGGUUGUCUCCAUUGUGCUGUGCAUUGUUGGCAUGGGCGUUGCCACUAUGGGCAUGAAAUGCACCCGCUGUGGGGGAGACAACAAGGUCCAAAAGGCACGCAUCGCCAUGACCGGAGGGAUCAUCUUUGUGGUGGGAGGUUUAGCAGCGCUGAUCGCCUGUUCCUGGUACGGAAACCAGAUCGUCCGAGAUUUCUAUGACAUCACGGUGCCUAUAAACACCAAGUAUGAAUUUGGAUCUGCGAUCUUUAUUGGCUGGGCUGGAUCUGCCCUGGUGCUGCUGGGUGGGGGCCUGCUCUCCUGUUCCUGCCCCGGGAAAUCAGGGUACAACAAGCAGUACCCCAAGAGCAAAGCAACCUCUCGGACCCCUACAAACAAGGAAUACGUCUAGCACCCUGAUCUGAAGCCAGCUGUUGGCCCCACAUUCCUUUCUGCCUUCUAUGUCCUGGAGCCCAGGACAUGUUAACUCCUUGCAUUAUGGGAUGAGGGGGUCUCCCAAGCUAGGAAUAUAGGGGUACCCCUAAACUCUGUACAGAUGUUUUUAACAGCUUUCUUGCCCAGUGAGAUUGUUUUUUACCUUCCCACAUUUUGGGAGUGCAAAGUGGGGGGGCUGUGUACUUGGGGAAGGGA